GGGGGUGUGACGUAUAUCCGGCGAGUAGGUGGCGGUCCCGGGUGCUUCUGGGCUCUGUUCUCUGAGGGAGGGUCCAAGCCGCCUGCCGCCGCCGGAGGAGCCCCUUAGGCCAUUCGGGGACUAAGGCUCGUUGAGGCACAGUGAAUUGCCCAAGGCCCCGCAGAUAGCAAGUUUCAUCAGUGUGACAGUUUGAUCCAGAUUAUUGAUGGGGCUGAUUUCCUAGAAGUUUUGCUAACUGGUAGACAGCAGUGGUGUAUCUAGGGAAUGCGAAUGAGCAGCUGCCUGGAGGAGUGAAUCACACAGUAAAAGAGGAAAGUAGUAAGCAUUAAUAAUGUCUUUCAUCUUUGAGUGGCUCUACAAUGGCUUCAGCAGUGUGCUCCAGUUCCUAGGACUCUACAAGAAAUCUGGAAAACUUGUAUUCUUGGGUUUGGACAAUGCAGGCAAAACCACUCUUCUACACAUGCUCAAAGAUGACAGAUUGGGCCAACAUGUUCCAACAUUACAUCCGACAUCAGAAGAGCUGACAAUUGCUGGAAUGACUUUUACAACUUUUGAUCUUGGUGGGCAUGAGCAAGCCCGUCGAGUUUGGAAAAAUUAUCUCCCCGCAAUUAAUGGGAUUGUCUUUCUGGUGGACUGUGCAGAUCAUCCUCGACUCAUGGAAUCCAAAGUUGAGCUUAAUGCUUUAAUGACUGAUGAAACAAUAUCCAACGUGCCAAUCCUUAUCUUGGGUAACAAAAUUGACAGAACAGAUGCAAUCAGUGAAGAAAAACUCCGUGAGAUAUUUGGGCUUUAUGGACAGACCACAGGAAAGGGGAAUGUGACCCUGAAGGAGCUGAACGCCCGCCCCAUGGAAGUGUUCAUGUGCAGUGUGCUCAAGAGGCAAGGCUAUGGCGAGGGCUUCCGUUGGCUCUCCCAGUAUAUUGACUGAUGUUUGGACAGUGAAAAUAAAAGAGUUUUACUUCUCUGGACUGAUCCUAUUCACAGCUUCCUCAUGAACUUUUCUAAUAGAACAAGGAAAGCUCUCCGACCAUGUCUGGCGUUGAGAAGCCAAGAGUCUCUGUCAGCUCUCUCAUCGCCCAGUGGUGACAUGUGCUCUUCUCCACACUGUUGGGAGGUAACGCUGCCCCACGUGCUGGUGCAGGUCAGCACCCCGGGACUUGGAAGUGGCAGGAUUUGCCGGGUAGAGCUGUGUGCCAUCAUGGAGCACCUGGAAAGAAAAACACGUCUCACCACUGUGGUUGAUUUCAAAAGAAAGUGAUUCUAUUUUUAAAGAAAGUGUUAUUAGUGUAAUUGGUGACCCUCCUAAUAACUUUUUGAGUUCACAAUUUACUUGGUCCAGAGUUUGCUUCUUUUUUUUUUUAACUAGUGAAUGGCAUUUAGAUACUUCAUAAAAUUAUGCACAGAUACACGUUGGAGGCCAGAGCUCAGUCAAAUGAACAGCAGGCUGGUGAGAGAGGCUCCCAUCUCCCUAACUGCCUUGUAGUAGGUGGCACCACCUUGUGCACUGAGCACUAGGAAAGGGCAGAACCCCGGCCUUGCAGUUGAGGCCAGUUCCCACAGUCUCGGGCUACCGUCAUUCCUCAUCCCAGCAUGCAUAGCAGAUUGUUGACUGCGGAGGAGUUAAUUGUAGAGUGGGUUAUUGCUAUUAUUUUUACUCAUAAAGUUACAAAUUUCAGCCAGUCUUUACUUUUAUGCAGUUGUGAAAUUUCAUUUCCCUCUAGCACCUUUUUCAUUUUCAGUUGUAAAAAGUGACUUUUGCCUCAUGAAAGACUUGAGAACACAUCCCUUGUUGUCACACACUGCAGGUGUGUCUCAGCCAUUUUUGCAGAUUCUAGGGGAAAUUUUUCUGAUAGGAGAGUCACACAGGAUGAAGUUAACAGCUUAAGGGCUCUUAAUUCUGUGAGUUGAGAACUUAAAAAUCUGGUAUUGUAGCAUUUGUUUGAAUCUAGGAAAGAUUCACUCAUUGGGCUUUAAAAUUUCCACUUUCAGAAUUUGGUUUCUUUAUUGGACUCUUCAUGAGCUCUGAUUUUUUUAUUGGUUAUCAACUUAUUUUUGGUGUUAAAGGUUUAACAUCUGUAGCUUUUCCAGAUUUUUGGGGGUGGGGUGGGGGGUGUUAGGAAAUUGCCUUUCUCCAGUCCAGAAAUAAUCUGGGGAAACUCUAAGCCAAGAACUUUGUGUCGAGCUGUUCUUUUGGGCCAGCAUCACUUGUCAGUAAGCACCUGGUAUAAAAGCCUCAGCAUCCCCAGUAGUGUGAUGAGGAUUAUUUUUAUAGCAUUCCAUUUUCCUAAUGCCACGUGUGAAAUUGGAUUUUCAUGGUCUUAACCAAUAUUUUACCCUUGUAGUAAAGGUUGAAGGGAUAGGAGAUGGUCUUCAUGUGGGAGGAUAUCUUCAUUCAUUUUUCCUUUAACGAAAGAUAAGAGGUAUCUUCCUCAAAACUGAAAAUUGUAAUGCCGAGGCGUAUUUGCAGAGGCCUGAACUAAAUUCAGUGGAUUGUUGCUUCUAAUGUGAGGGUGGGGAAGGUGUGGAUAAUGUAUUCCUGGGGUGAGAGAGUAUCGUUCUUUAGUUGGAUUUCCCAGUGUUAGUCUUCAGUACUCACCUGUUGGGAAAGCAUACUUUUUCACUGCUAGGUACCAAAUGCAGAGGCUCAGUGAAGUAUAAAGCUGGGAAGAGCAUGCCUUUCAUUUAUUAGCAAGCAUAGCUGGUUUGGAAAGGGGUUAAAGCCUUAAGUGAACAAAUCUAGCUAACAGUGAAUGAACUAGGUAGUUAACUUGCAUACUUUUAAUUUUCUUUGGCUAAAGGUAACCCAUACUUCUCUAUCCAGAGAUACGAGAGGUAUGAUUGCUUCAGUGUUAGUUUUCUGGUUUUUUUUUUUUUAUAUUGUCCCUAAUCACUUUUUAGCAAGCUAGAAAACUGUGGAUUCUACACAGGGCAGCUCUUUGUGAAGGUGGUUUAUUUUGGCCACUGGAGAAAGAGUCGGGAUUGAAAAAUCAAGUGGCAGCAGUCUAUUUCUUGCCCCACAGAAAUAUAGAUGAAAGAAGCUGCUGUGAGGAACCUGGCUCCUGACAGUAUCAGAGCUUUGUACUGGAACUCCCAUGAAUUGAGACUUUUCAUUCUGUUUUAUCAGAGUGCAUAUAUGUCCUAUUUCAGGAAAAGUAAAACAGUCAUUUACAAAAGAAAGUCAAUCUGUAUCCUAAGCGUUUUAAUAAAAAGUUAAAACAAA